GUAGUCUGUGAGUUUCGUUUAUAUUAUCUUUGGCUUGUAAUCGUAUGUUGUGUACCUACUUGUUAGAAAAUUGCAAAGUUCUAUUGCGUUUACGCCUAGAAUCUCAAUUUCUAAGCGCUAUUUAAUUACACGUACCUGUCAAGGUGCAAGGCUACGCCCUAUUUCUACUUGUGGAGUUGGUUUGAUUUAGUUUCCAACAUAGGCCUCUCCGAUACCGCCGUUAUGGAUAUGAUGGUAUCAACUCUGCAACAGCAGCGUGCUGUUACAGAACAGUUGAGAAGAGAGGCUGCCAUAAAGCGAAUUCCUGUAUCCGCGGCUGUGGCAGACAUUGUGAAGUAUAUCAACGAACAUGAGCAGGAAGACUGCCUCCUCGUCGGCUUUUCCAGUCAGAAAGUUAACCCCUUCCGAGAAAAGAGCUCGUGCACCGUCCUCUAAACCAUGUCUAUGUAACUAAUUUGAGGAGUUUCAGAACAAAAACCGAUAAGUUUUGAUUCUAAUUCGUCUAGUCUCAUUGAAUCGAUUUGUCGCAUUGUAGUCAAAUCCGUGCUUCAAACAUAUUUUUAAUGAGGAUUUAGUGGUUGCUGUUCAUAAGAAUGUAUAAAAACUAAUGUUUGACGUUAACAUAGAGUAAUAAUGUGACUUAUCUGUUUUUGCUCCAACUUUCCUCUUUUAUCAGAAUUGGAAUUGUUUAAAAUAAUGCUUCAUAAAUCUACAAUUUCUUAUCUGCACAGUUGCUUCAAGUUUAAAUACUUUAAGCAACUACUAAUUUGUAAAUAGGGACAUGGUUAAUACACCCAAAAGACAAACAAGAGUUACAGUGCAGCCUUAAGAUAAGAACUAAGUAAUUAGCAUAGCAUACCAUUGAAACGGUGUAUUUAUUUAUUGGUUUUAA